AUGUCAACAAGUGAAGAUGAAAUUGUACGUGAAAUUGUAGAAAUGCAUUUAAAAAAUGGACUUAAAAAUGUUAAUCGUACUUUGAUCCCAUUUUUGAUUUAUAGAAAAAAUUGUGCGCUCCAAAAUUCUAACCUUUCAAGGAAUGAUGCAUCAAAACUAGCGAGUGAAUCGUGGAAAAGGGUAUCAAACGAAAUCAAAGACCGUUAUAAAAUUAUGGCAGAAAAUACCUCUUCAGGCACUUCCACCUACAUUAAUCCUUCUCCUUUCAAUUCUCCUAUCAAUAUUUAUUCUAGUCAUCAAAUUGUAAAUAUGAAUCCAGAUAUUAUAUACUUAAAUCCUCCUAUAGACCAAAACUUUCUAGGUAUUACUUCAGACACUACCUGCUAUAAUCCUUAUAAUCCUCUAUUAAUAAAUAUAGAUCAAAACUUUCUAGACACUACAGACGUCAAUUUUCCACCUUCAAAUCUUAUUUAUUCUAAUCAUCAAUUUAUAAAUAUGGAUCAAAAUUCUCCAGAUAUUGCCUACUUUUUUUCCUCCUAUAAACCAAAACUUUCAGGAAAUUACUUGCCCUAG